UUAGAAACAAAGAUGAAGUGCUCUACGGCUGCCAAAAAGAUGCGAUUAAUCAUCAAACCCAGGGUGAUCGUGGUGAGAAAGCGCAAGUCCAAGGGCAAAUACUCCAGCUUUAUCUACAGGCUGUCCAAACAGGCCGGUCACGGGGUCCGGGUGUCUCGCCUGUCCAAGAAUCUGGUGGCCAAAGGGCUCUAUCCUCGGGUGGCCGCUGAAGCCGCCAGACUGUCCCUAUACAACACGAGGAGGACAAUUACCACCAAGGAGCUGCAAUCUGCCCUGAGGCGGGUCCUGCUGAACCUGCGCGGCCCUGAGGGGCCGAAGAAGAUGAAGGCGGACGACUAACUAAUUCAGACUUUGUGCCGUUUUAUAUCUUGUAUUUAAAUAAAAGUUAAUGUAUUUCUUUUUUAA